UAUAUACCCCUCCCCGUCGCCGUGACCCAUUCCCCGCCUCCCUCCCUCCCGGCCGCUACGUACGUCUCGCGCCUCGCCGAUCUCCAUUAAUCGCCGCGCGCGCGCGCUAGCUUCUGAGCUUCUUGGACAGACAAUCGAUCGAUCGAGAGUCUGGAGAGAUCAAUUGGGUGCUUGGGUGUACAUGAACCUGACGUUGAGUCUAGGCGUCAAUGGUGGCGGCGCCGCGGCCAAGAAGCGCAAGGUGAUGGACGGCGUCGGCGACGUGGGCGUCCUCGGCGCCGCUGACGGCUGUGAUCGCGCCACUGUCAUGAGGCUCCUCCAGGCCAGAGAUCGCAUGGUGAAGGUUGAGCUUGACCACGACGUCGACGGGGAUGUGAGUGGCUGCGGAGCCUCGCCGCUGAUGCGCUUGCUCCUCUCGUCGGCGGUCGCCGGGGAGGUCGGCGACACGCACGCCGCGGCCGUCGCCCUGCAGGAGGUCUACCGGCACGCGUCCUUCCGCGGCGGCGACCCUGUCCAGCGGGUCGCCGCCUACUUCGCGGACGCGCUGGCGUCGAGGCUCCUGCUGUCGCCGCAGCCGGCGCAAGCGACGACUCGCCAAGAGCAGUUCCUGGCCUUCACCAUGUUCUACCAGGCGUCCCCGCUGUACCAGUUCGCGCACUUCACGGCGAACCAGGCCAUCAUGGAGGCGUUCGAGGCCGGCGGCACGCGGCGCCUCCACGUCGUGGACUUCGACGUCUCCUUCGGCUUCCAGUGGCCGUCCCUGAUCCAGUCCCUUUCCGACGCCGCCGCCACCAGCUCCUCCCUGUCCUCCCACGACGACAGCGGCGACUCCUGCGACGAGCCGGUGUCCCUCCGCAUCACCGGGUUCGGCGCCAGCGCCGACGAGCUGCGGGACACGGAGGCCCGUCUCGCCCGGUUCGCGGACGGCUGCCCCAACCUACGGUUCGAGUUCGAGGGCGUCCUCAACAGCGGGCCGGAGGACGACGGCCGCCAUGACCGCAUCAAGACCGACCCCGCCGCGACGGUGGUCGUCAACCUGGUGUUCCCGGCCGCACAGAACGCGAGGGCGGGCUCAUGGGACCCGCGCAGCGCAUUGGCUCACAUCUGGUCUCUGAGCCCGUCCCUGGUGUUCCUGAUCGACAAGGUUGACGAAGGCGCCGGAAGAUGCGGCGGAAGCGCGAGCCUGCUCCCGCGGUUCGCGGCCAACCUCCGGUACUACGCGGCGGUGUUCGAGUCGCUGCACGAGUGCCUCCCGGCCGACAGCGCUGAGAGGAUCGCCAUCGAGAAGGACCACCUCGGCGUGGAGAUCAGCGACGCAAUGGCCACUCUGGACCGUCGGCGCCACGACGGCGAUCGGGCGGCGGACCAGAACCAGACCAGCCGCGGUUGGAAGGAGAGGCUGGAGAGCGCGGGGUUCGAGGACGCGAGGCUGAGCUCGAGGACGGUGAGCCAGGCGAAGCUGCUGCUCAAGAUGAAGAGCGGCGGGUGCGGCGGCGGCGGGUUCCGCGUCAUGGAGGCCGGCGACGGCAAGGCCAUGGCGCUGGGGUGGCGGGACAGGGCUCUCGUCACGGCCAGUGCGUGGCGACCGUGCCGGCGAUCGGUCGGCAAGAACGAGCCGUGAAACAUGCGUCCAUUCAUUCAUUCAGUACAUAGAUCGUGAUAGACUCUUUGUUUUCAUGCGAUUAUUCUUGGUUCCUUGUUGGGAAAGAGAGAGAAGUUUGAUUCUUAGUUUCUUUUCUCUAGAUGUCUUGAGUGAUAUAUAUACAUGUAUACUUAUACAAGUUAAAAGAGGUUAUAUACAGUUGAUGUAUCACAUUCA